ACGUGAAAUGCUGAUCGACAGUACGGACCUAACCUAACUUUUCUUGGACUCGGGUUUUUUCAUUCAUCGUUCACAAAAAUUUUGGAGGCAAGAAUUUUCACUUCGGCGGACUGAUUUUCUAAAAGUUCGAUUGUAACGAAGACAAUUCAAGGAACUGUGGAAGAAAAAAGAAAAAUUCGAGGACAUGACUAGAAAAAAAAGUAAAUCUGCGUCAAAAAGAGCUGUGACAAAGAAGGUUAAAAAUAAAGUGGUCAAUCGGAGUACUCGUUCAAAAAAUGAAUCGAUUAACAGCGAAAUUCAGAAUCUUAUCAAUAAGACCAAUAGCAAAGGAUUCCAACAAUAUAAUACCUUGAAGAAGCCACUAAAACGUUUAAAGAGUCUUAAAAAAUUUCCAAAACUGAAUAAAUUUCAGUGUAGAGUGUGUCGUCUGGAUUUUCUAAACCAGCUUUCAUUUCGAAAUCACAAAAAACGAUUCCGGCGUGCUAAUUAUAGCUGCAUUGAAUGCGACACAGAAUUUACGGACAGAGAACAAUUGGGAAUUCAUUUCGAGCACACCCAUACGGGCGUCUCUAUUCCCGGAUACCCUCAUAAGUGCCACGUAUGCGGUCAGGUUUUUAUGCACAAAGCUUUCCUGCACGCUCAUUUAUGUCACAAUCAUAAACAAAACUGGCAUGCUACGAAUAUUUUGUCAAUUAGCAAUGGGAAAAUAACGUGGGACAAAACUGAGUGGGGAGAGAUUAUAGAAAAUUCUGUUCGAAGCUUGGAAAAAGUAACAAGUGAAAAGUUUAAUCAGAUUGGUAGCAAUGUGAGUUUCGAAAACUAUGGUUGUAUGGAAAGUGAAAUGGCAAUUGUUAAAAAAGAGGUAGGAGCUCAAGAAAUAACAAUUCGUCAUAAACGUCAUACUAACUCGCUAGAACUGAAAAAUAAGAAUCGUAUACUGAAUAAGAGCGAUGCCGACCUCAGGACACAGUACGCUUGCAAACCGUGUUACGUAUUAGUGCAAAAACUGAGUCUAAAUACAAUACCUGUAUUUGUCUGCAAACUCUGUAACGUGAUUUUUCCUUCAGAGGAAUUGAAAAAAAAUCAUAUCACCGGUGCUCACACAUUUGUAGAAUCAACGAUAUGUGAUAAAAGGCUACCAACCGAAAGUUGGAUGCGCCGUCACUUUCGCGAUGAACAUUCAAUAGGCUGUGAUGAGAACGAGACGUGUGUGUGUGGCAAAAAUAUGCAUGUGCCUGCAACGCUUGAAGAACAUUUUUUCCAGCAUUCCAUGCGCACUUAUAUAUCGGCACUGAAGCCUUUAACUGUGGCUUAUAAGUGUCGGCCAUCAGAAAAGACUGAAGUUUGUAAUAACUGCGGCAAAACUUUCUGGUUGAAAACUUGUCUCGAAAUUCAUAAUCGAGACUGCAGUCAAGUGAUCGCUGAUUCAUCGGACCCAAUGACUCUGCAAGUUAACUCAAAACGUAGGAUCGGCCAAGAGACAAUUGACUUCAAUGAAGUUUUUUGCCGCGUUUGUUGCGCCCAAUUUUCAACACGAAUAGCACUUUUAAAUCACAUUCGUUUCUACGCCAGAACGAAGCGAUAUCGUUGUCAUAUAUGUGGCGCUUCAUUCAAUGGAAAAAGUUUAUUGAAAACCCAUACACGUGAUGCUCACACCUUUCAUACCGCUUAUUAUUAUAGCUGUUACUGUAUAAUUUGCGAUCAAGGCUUCGCCAAGAAAAUCUAUCGUCGCAUACACAUAGCGCAUGUACACGGUGAAAAAUAUCCUAUCAAAAUGACGAGCAAACCAACGAUUGAAAGCAGAUGUAAUUAUGAUAAACGCUUGGAACAUGAUGAUAAUGAUCGAAAGUGCCUAAUUUGUAAUCUUCAGUUUGUUAGCCGAAAACUUUUCAUUGAGCACAUCAACUAUUUCAAAACGGAAGAAACGAUCGUUUGUGGUAUUUGCAGUCAGUCACUUCAAGGUCAAUACAAUGCUCAUCGUCACUACAAAAUGUGUCAUUAUCCUGCCGAUAUACGAGAAGUAUACCAGCACAAGUGUCCGAUUUGUAAAGAAGCUUUUGCAUUCAAGUUGCAUUUAAAAUCACACGGUAAACAUGUCCACGGGAAAAAUAUUCAUGGUAUAAAUCUAAUGAGGAAGCAAAAUAACGAGAAGAUUGGUGAUUGCUCCGCGACGUUGUCUACAUUGGGAGUUGUUAGAUAUCACAUGUGUGCUAUUUGUGAGGUGAGCUUCCCAAAUCUUGAUUUCUUGACUGCUCAUCAAAUGGAAUACGAAAUGAAUGGAAAAUUCGUAUGUCCACGAUGUGGAAGAAGAUGUGGCACAUCAACUUCGCUGCUUGAUCAUUUAUCGUUAAAUCACUCCACCGCUAUCCAUGACAGUAUCAAGUGUCGAAGGUGUGACGAAUAUUUCCUCACACCAGCAAUAUGGGUAUCACACAUGAAGCACUGUCACAUGACUGAUGCGAUACAAUUACCGGAAACAUUUCUGGAGUCACAUAUAAACUUCUUAAACAAAUUCCAAGUUACGGAGCUGAAAUCUUUACCAGUCUGUAAACAAAUUUCUAAUGUCGCGAUGAGUACGCAGGCUGCGCACCAAUCGAAUCGUAACUCAACGAAAAAAAAGUUGGUGAAUUCGAAACAGCAUGAAUGUGAGACAGCAGAAUUAUUAAGUGAGAACGACGUCGAAAAACAAAUUGUAAUCGAUAUUACCGAGGAAAUUGGAAUUGAGCGUGGACAAAUGAUUUGCAGUAGUAACAUACUAAGUACGGAGAAAAAAUGGCACUGCCGUAUAUGUGGUAUCGAUUGUCUUGGAGCCGAUGGACUUGCAAAGCACAAUGCCCGUUACGCGAACGAAGGUCGUUACAAAUGUGAAAUCUGCGCCAGAAGAUUUAAGUCGAUGAAAGCCUGUCAGGAACACGUACUGAUUCAUCGUUGUCGAAAGAUUAAAAAUGUUUACCAAUGUGAAGUGUGCCAUGAAUCAGUCGGUAACCCAACCGCGUUGAAAUCACACAAUGCUCAUUUCCAUGAUGGGAAGACUCGAACUCUUGAAGCUGUAUCACCACGUUUUGACAAAGCAUCUAACUCGCAGAUCUCCAUCUGUUCAUCGCAGUCUAAUAGUAUGAUGCCGUGUUACAACGGUUCCAGUUGUGCAGGAAAAUGCUCGAUUCUUGAAAAUCAAUUCGUACAAUUAAAUCCCAAUGACGAAUCCGCUGCACUCGACAUCCUUGAUUCUAAGCUUUUGGCAAACGAUGUAAAAAACUGCCCCACCAGUAAAUCGUCUGUAACAAACGUGGAAGGUGAAACUUUGUCGGAUCAAAUCCCGAUGUGCGUUACGGGAGUGAAUUCACUCACCCCUUCGUCAGUUAGCGUGCCGGAAAAAAAGGCUGAAACAUCCGUUGUCCAAUCUACAAAUAAAUAUUUUAUUCGUCAAUCAUUGUUUCAGUGCGAAGUUUGUAGUUCUAUAUUCAACACUAAAUGUUUACUAGAGUCUCACAGAACCAAUAUUCAUAAAAUUGCAGCGGAAGCUACGGAAAAAAAUUUGUUGGUUGUUUUGACUGAGAUAACCGGCAUGGAUAUUAUGAAUUCAGCGACUAUUGGUCAUUUAAUUCCCCUCCCAAAAGAAUCUUUAUCACGUAAAGAUUAUAGCACAUUUAGUGAAGAUCCGUCAAAGUCGGAAACUAGACUUCGUGAUUGCAGCUCUGGCGGCAGUCCAUUAAGAUGCGAACCUUGUGAUUUUGUUUUUCCAACCUCGCAAAUGUUACAACUUCAUAAUAACUGGGUGCACAGCGGAUCGUUUCCGAACAUCGAAUGCACCGAUGUCAGUAAUUUGAAUAGUCCGGCUCCUAUGCCAUCAACGGUUCAGGAUUCUGCGAGGCACAGCUCAUUAUUCGUUGAUGAUUUAUCAAUGGUUUCCGGCCCACAAGCACUUGGAGUAAACGUUGAACAACAGCAAUCAAACAUUAUCAUUCAAACUGUGUCAAUACCAAUUGCCAUAAGUGGGGCAAACAUGAUAAUGCAUGUAACAGGUGAACAAACAUCCUGCGUACAAAAUAAGAUCGAAAGUUCUAUUAAUUCUGAUGCGUGUAAUAGCAAUAGUUUAAAAAGGAGUACACGUUCCUUCACCAAAACGAUGGAUACUUCGAAAAAUAGAAGUGCCAUGAAACGGAAUGAAUCUUCAGCCAAUGCAUGUAAAGGCGUGCUGAAAAAAAUUAAACAAGAACCUAACGACUGAACUGUCAAUUUAGAGUAUGGAUUCGAAUUUAACUGAAAUUGAUUUGGAGUUUCUGGUAACAGAACUUUUGAAUAUUUUUUCUCAUAGUGUGAUAAAAUUUUAAUCAUUGUGAAACAAAAUAAAAGAAUGAUUUAUGGAAUACGCGAGCAUGGAAGAAAUUAACGGGAUAUAGAGGUUGUUAUAUGAUCGAUUUGAUUUGUGCGAUGUUUCAAUCAAUGGCUUCAUCAAGAGUUGUGUUCUCUGACUGAAAGAAUUGGCGUAAUUAGUGUUUGACGAAAUGGUAAUUAAGUUCUGUAAACCCCGAGUGCGAAUCUAAAUGAAACACAUCGAUUAUGUGACACUAUCAAAGUGGCUUCACGGUUUGAAUUGUUAUCCAUUGUUUUACCUGUAUUCGCGUUAAAAGGUGAUGCUACUUCUCUUUGUCAAACAAAAGUAGUUGAAAGAUUAGUCUUUUAAUACGGAUUAUUAUGUUUCAUUAAAUGGUUCAUUUUCAAAGUGAAGUUUUCAUUAUUUACUCUUCGACUCACAAACUUAGUAGUAUUUUACAUUUGUACGGUAGAAUACGAAAUCCAUUAGGAACUAAAAUAUUGCAUGAUUUCUGUAGCCAAAAGGUAUGUACUCUGAAGCGGAUCGAUAAAUAAAUAAGUAUGACAGAAGAUAAAA